AUGACCUCGGCACUCCCCUUCUUGACCAGCCCUCCAAAGCCGCCGCAAGACAAUCCGACCCACAAACAAAAGCUACGAUCCGCCUGUGACUCUUGUCAUCAGUGCAAGGUGAAGUGCUCGGGCGGCUCCCCGUGCUUCCGUUGCGCCUCUAAAGGCCUUUCGUGUCGCUACGGCUAUCAGAACCGGGCCGGCAAACCUAAAGGCAGCAAAAAUCGGAAGACAUUGGAGAGGGCACAUCAAAUGCGCAUGCAGUGGCUUACGGAGCAGCUGCGGGGGGCCAACGGUGAACUCGAUGGAAUGACCCUUAAUCUUACAGACCCUUCAUCGCUUCUACCAAGUCCAGCACUCUCGGUCAACCGCUGGAAAACGGAUCACACCCCGCGAUCAUCCUCAGGAUCGAUGUCCCUUAACCCCGUUCAGAAAUCUGUCACCGGAGAUAUCAUAGAUGACACCGUCCCGUCACCAGAUGAACUUGACGCUUGGACGAUGGAAUUGGGGUCAAUCAUGGACCCGAUGCACCGACCUCAAUCUGCUAGCAUGGAAGGCUACACAACACCAAUGUCGUUCACAAAUGGGGCUGGUUACUUAGGACAGCCCGGCGAUCCAACUACGCCCUUGACAUUUGACUUGCCUUCGCCGCUUCCCAACAUCAGUGAAGGCGGGACUGCUUGCGCUUGUGUUCAGAACCAGGCCAACAACGUCACCAUAUUGCAUCAGCUCACGUCUCACGAAUCGUUCGAUCGAUUUGAUCUUGCAAUGAAAUCCGUCACGGCCACGCUUGAUACCUGCGACAACUUCAACACAUGCCUGGAAUGCGAGAAGUCCUUUUCGGCGAUCCUUCUCACACUCUCCGCCAUCGAAAUGAUCUUCAAAUUAUUCGAGCAACUUGUCAUCGGCAAUCAAAAUUUGCUUCCGCAGGAGGACCAACGGUUGACCUUUUGCUCUGUAGGCGAUUACAAGGUCAGCCAAGAAGAGGGGCAGGCUAUUCAGAAUGUCCUGCUCAAGAUGACCUUGUCCAAGGCAAGGCAAACGCUGGAUUCAUUGCACAAUCUUGUAGACGGACCAACAGAUUCGUUAGAUGAGCUUGAACGAUACGAACCCCCUGGGGCUGAACAAGGUACACAACAUGCCUUAGGGGGCCUUUCCACCAUUGAUCGCAACUACAUUAUCCAAUGUAUCACCCGCAAGAAGACAGCAUUGGAUGUUCUGAUAUCGACUGUCACUGUCUAA